AUGCUGGUGCCGCUGCGGACGGCCUUGCAGCAGGCCGGGAAGAUGUCCGAGGGCAGCCCGCCCAAGCUGGACGCCAACAUCCUCGUCCUCGGAGCCGCGGACGUGGGCAAGUCCGCAUUGAUCGUUCGCUUUCUGACCCGGAGGUUUAUUGGCGAAUACGGGGAUAUUGAAUCAAUUUACACCCACAAGGUGACGAUGGCUGGCCUAGAGGCUUGCUUCAGCAUCUGGGACUCCGUCUGCCCGCAGAUGUCCAGCCCCCAGGGCGGCGGGCACCAGAAGCAGCUCCGCUGGGCCGACGGCUUCGUCAUUGUCUACAGCAUCUGCGACCGCGCCAGCUUCCAGUUUGCCCACCAGCAGCUCCUGCGGAUCCAGCAGCUGAAGAGGCGGGGUGGGGCGGAAAAGCUGCCCGUUAUCUUGGUCGGGAACAAGCGGGACUUGCAACACCGGCGAGCCGUCUCUAGCGAGGAAGGCCGGCUCCUGGCCCUGUCCACCAACGCGGGCUUUUUUGAGAUCUCUGCCGCAGAGACUUAUCACGGCGCCUUGGUGGUCUUCCACGAACUCCUGGACCUGGUACGGGACUCUCGGAGUUCCAUCAAAAAGGCCUCUGUGGGCAUCCGCGGGAUUGUGCGCAGCAUGUCGGCCGUCUUUGGGAGGAGGAGGACUGAAUGAGGAGUGGGGAAAAGCUGGGAGGCGAGAGGGAAGCUAUG